AUGAACCGCGAGCAGUGCCGGCUGGACGACUGCGAGACGUGGCUGUACAUGCUCGUCGAGCUGACGAAGGGCACGCUGCCGUGGCGCAACAUGAAGGACAUUCGCGAGAUUGGUGACGCGAAGCGCGGCGUGCGGAUGAGCGAGCUGGGCCUGAAGCAGCUGUUCGGGGGCUGCCCGCGCGAGUACAUUGAUGUCUUGAGGGUGAUCGACGGGGCGAAAUUCUUCGACGAGCCCGACUACGCCAAGAUGUACAACCUGCUGCGCCAGGGGAUGCGCAGCACCAACGCUAGGAUGGAGGAGGAGAAGAAAAAGAAGGAGAAGGGCGAAGGGUCGGCCAAGGCGCCCAAGAAGGAGAAGAACGAGGAGGACAAGCAAGCCGCCGAGGCGAAGAAGCAGGCCAUCCUCGACCAGCAGGAGGAGGACAAGAAGAACAAGGACAAGAAGAAGGACGACAAGAAAGACGACAAAAAGGAGGACAAGAAGGAUGAGAAGAAGGAGGACAAGAAA